AUGCCAUUGUGGAGAAGUGGCUCCCGGGCCAGGCAGCAAGGCUCAGAAAAAGCUAAUGGACCACCCAGACCCAAGGCAAGGUAGGCCUGUACUAGGCCCUUAUAGGCCCUAACCUCAACUCAACUCUGGGUUUAUGGGACCGGGCUGCUGCUGGAUUAUGUCAAUUAACUCUCUUUACUCCCCUUCACCCCUUACUAGACAUAUAAUAGACUGAGUUAUCGUGUUGACAUAUAGAACUUAAUUCUGAAUGAAUCGAUUACUUCUACCAAUGCUCUUAUUUUUACUCAGAAGCACAAUACAUUGUGUGCUGGGAAUAGACAAACAUUUUUGAGUACUGAUUGAUUGAUAAUGAGCUAUGUUGUCAACUUCCAACCAAUCAGAGCACUAACCAGAGCACUUUCCUUCACUGAGCCUUUCUGUUCGUCCUUCUUCCCUCCAUGUACUGUGGUGAGCACCCGUGGAAAAGUCUCUAUCCCAGGUCUGCAUUAGUCUGCGUACCAGUCUUUUUGACAUUUGGCAAAUGACAGGAGUGGCAAGGAGUGGAAUGUUAUAGCUGAACAGAGACGGCAACCAGGCUAGGUCUGCAUGACUUAACUGUUGAAUUCUCUAGUACAUAAGAGGAUUCCAAAGGAAUUCAGCUGUUAGGAUUAGGAAUGUGGCCUAGUAGUCGCUAGUGUAUCAGUGAUGAGACGACCGAGUAGAUUACUUCAUUUCUUGACUUUGUAGCCAUUGGGUUACUCUGGGUUGUUACAGUAUUAAAUAGGCUUCAAGUCCACGUAGCAGAUAAUGGACCUUAUCAGAUAUUUAUGUAGUUGGUGCUGUAUAUUAACUAAUAUACAUGGGUUCUAACUUGAAAAAGUAUUUGUUAGUUUACAAUUGUACAAUGUACGCUCCCCGCAUAUAGAAACCACGAAGACUGCCGGAAAGCCCCGAACGCAAGAUUGUAAUUUUCUAUGACUCCCACAGUGGAGGAAUAUAUUGCCUGGAGCCUACUGUACAUGGUAUACUGUAAGUGGCACUUCACUUUUUAGUAUGGAAAACGUCUGUGAGGAUUUUUCUACAAUAUUCACAACAAAUUGACACAAUUACAAUCUUUAUAGAAAGUUAAUUCUCUCCACUCUCUCCCCGGUUUUAGCUUGCGGCUAUCACUGUCUAACUGGCUAGGUUUAGGAUAUUUACUAGUCCAUACCAGUGACAAACGUAGCGAUGUUAUCAACAUAUGGCAGUACACAAACAAAAUCUAACUCACUUACAGUAUAUUACAAGAAAUAGCCACGAAUUCAUUCAGAAAUGGAGGAAGAGGAUAGCUAGCUCUAGCAAGCUAACGUUAUCUGCUGCCUCUUCAACAAGAAGCAACUGUGACCACAUUGAUCCUAAGAUCCAAAAAUAAACUUUCCCAUGGCUCAAAAUCCACAAUCCACCCCUCCAAAGAAAGCCGGUCGGCGAUUAGAUCCAUAGCCAAAGCGUCGCAUUUCAGUUUAGCCCGCACUCGGCAGGCCAUAUAGAAAACUCCCCCAGAGCCACAGAACGACCGAAUUACCGCAUCUCGCAGUCCCCACAAACACCUUGAAAACUACUCUUUCCCAUAGUACAAACCUAUCUAUAACAGCAUCAGCAGUUAGCUACCAACAGCUGGCAGACAUGUUUACAUUUGGUUAGUUUUAUCAGUGUUAUUUAGAUGGAAGACGUGAGCUAAAUGUGGGAGCUCUAUACCUAUCUAACGUUAGCAUAGAGGUAGCAAGCUCGCUACCUAUCUCUUUCACUUACCGGGUUCACUGAUACCUCAGGGGAAUAUUCCUGUGGUUGUAAACAUUGUUUGGGACUUUCUAAGGAUAGUGCUGCUCUGAGCUGAUUGUAUUUAUUUUCAAAUGCUUCAAGACUGGUUUUCAGACAAAAAUAAAACAAAGCCUAAUAAAGUAUUUUUCAUACCUUUUUCAUUUGAUUAUAAAAGCAUAUGUAAUAUGCUACUUGUGUCACCACUUUCCUGCUUCCAUACAAUAGGCUGUAAGGUUCAUUGAAUCAAAGCGUAAACAUAUCACCCACAAAUCAGCCUGAACUGCUUAUUCUGCUGUAAGCGUUUAUCUGAUAUCAAUAUUGAAGAUAAUGUAGAGCUUACAUUUGACAUACAAUGAGGAGAGUUUUGAUAUCCAGCUGGUCUGUUGUUGAUUAAGUCUCAAAACAACAUGAUUUCCCCCCCUUUCACGUGACGUAGCCUGUCUGUUCUGUUUGCAUCAUCUCUUGAAAAUGUAGUGUUGGCGGGAGCAGAGAUAGUGAACGAGGGAGAGUGAAAGAGAGUAGAUGAGGUAGGAAGGAGGAGGUUCAUUGGCAGAUAAUGCUGACAGGCCUGUUCACCUGGCUUUCUCAACCCUGUCACCUUACACAGGUAUGGAGACUACUAAUAACCAGGUAUUUACCUUCAAGGAACGACGAUGUCACUACAGCUAUCUUCCUCAUUUUGAUUUAUUGGAUUGAGCUGAUGGAGAUUGUAUUUAGCUGUAAAAACAACACCAAAAAAACAGUGAGUUUUGUGAAUACGCAAUACAUGACAUUUACAUUUUAGUCUUAGCAGUUUGCUAUAUCUGCUACAGUAAACCAACUUAUGGUCUGUGUCAAUGUGGAUGGUAAAAAGGAAUGAUUUAGAUGUAUUUGUAUCAGUUUAGUGGCAUUAAAAGGGCCACUGGUUUCUGAUCUUGGUAGGUCUAAUUAGGGUGGGAAAUGUAACUUUUUGGUCCGCAGUGGUUAAAAAAGAAUGAAGAUAAAUCACAGAAAACACUGUACCCCAUCCCGCUUUCACCACUCUACCAUUGAGAUUCUCUCUUCCAGAGCUGACACACACACACGCACACACACCCAUGCUUUUGAUUUUUUUUUUUAUGCUCUCAAAUGCUCUGUGUGACCAUCCACCAAUGUGGCUGGUAAGAAUAGACAUUCUACCAGCAAAUGUCAAAAUCUACCAGCAUUUCCCACCCUGGGCCUAAUUAUCUCCUAUAUGUCAACAUUUCUGUUAUCAAUAACCUAAUGUCAACAUUUCUGUUAUCAAUAACCUAUCAGCUUUGGUGCACUGACAUUGUCUUAGUUGGAGUUGAUUUGUGAUGGGAGUUUGUUUUGGACUUGGACUGGAGGGAGCUGCAAUGUGUGUUUCUGUGAAAGUUGUGUGUGUUUUAUGGGGGGGGUGGGGGGUGUUGCUAAUGUACUUUGGCUCUAGAUGUGUGGUAGUAUAGGAGCCAGGACUACAGGGUUAAGGUCCCCAGAGAGAGGGGACAGCUAGCCAGGUGUUGAUGACUGAUGUGGUGUGGUGGCGUAGCCACCAUCGCUCACACAUUCCUUCUUCAGUCACGCCACAUACCUCUAACUCUACAUGCACUCGGCCAGCAAAAGCCCCGGAGCACUGACACAUUUCUGACUAGAGCACUGACACAUUUCUGACUAGAGCACUGACACAUUUCUGCCCUACUCAGUUAGGGCAGAAUCUUAACUUGAGAUCACAGGCUUUACUCAGACUUUGAGUAAAUCAUGAUGUCAAUUAUUGAGUAAUGCGGCACUUAUACAUACUACAGUGCUAUGAAAAAGUAUUUGGCCCCUUUCUAAUUUUCUUGACUUUUGCAUAUUUGUGAUACUGAAUGUUAUCAGAUCUUCAACCAAAACAUAAUAUUAGAUAAAGGGAACAUAAGUGGACAAAUAACACAACAAUUACAUAUUUAUUUCAUUUAUUUUAUAAACAAAGUUAUGCAACACCCUAUUCCCCUGUGUGAAAAAGUAAUUGCCCCCUUACACUCAAUAACUGGUUGUGCCAGCUUUAGCUGCAAUGACUCCAACCAAAUGCUUCCUGUAGUUGUUGAUCAGUCUCUCACGUCACUGUGGUGGAAUUUUGGCCCACUCUUCCAUGCAGAACUGCUUUAACUCAGUGACGUGUGGGUUUUCAAGCAUUAACUGCUCGUUUCAAGUCCUGCCACAACAUCUCAAUUGGGAUUAGGUCUGGACUUUGACUAGGUCAUUCCAAAACUUCCAAUUUGUUGCUUUUUAGCAAUUUUCAUGUAGACUUGAUUGUGUGUUUUGGAUCAUUGUCUUGCUGCAUGACCCAGCUGCACUUCAGCUUCAGCUCACAGACGGAUGGUCUGACAUUCUCCUGUAGAAUUCUCUGAUACAGAGCAGAAUUCAUGGUUCCUUCUAUUAAGGCAAGUCGUCCAGGUCCUGAGGCAGCAAAGCAUCCCAGUAAUGACUGGCGAAAACCCACCACUGCAUUCCACAGUAAGAACAUCAUUCCAAAGGUCAAGCAUAGUGUCACGCCCUGACUCAGGGGACGCUUAAAUGUUGAGUCAGGGUGUGUAUAUUCUUUGUUGUGUGUUUUCUAUGUUUCGAUCUAUUAUGUGUAGAUCUAUGUUGGCCGGUGUGGUCCCCAAUCAGAGGCAGCUGUAGCUCGUUGUCUCUGAUUGGGGACCAUACUUAGGCAGCCUAUUGGCACUAGUGGGUUGUGGGAUCUUGUUCCGUGUAAGGUAUGUUGUGUGUGCUACCUUGGACUUCACGUUUCGUUUAGUUUGUUGUUUUGUCUUUGUGUUUAUUUGGUUUAAUAAACAUGUACGUAUAUCACGCUGCGCCUUGGUCUGACCCGUCCUUCAACGAACGUGACACAUAGUGGUGGUGGUGUGAUGGUUUGGGGAUGCUUUGCUGCCUCAGGACCUGGACGACUUGCCUUAAUAGAAGGAACCAUGAAUUCUGCUCUGUAUCAGAGAAUUCUACAGGAGAAUGUCAGACCAUCCGUCUGUGAGCUGAAGCUGAAGUGCAGCUGGGUCAUGCAGCAAGACAAUGAUCCAAAACACACAAUCAAGUCUACAUGAAAAUUGCUAAAAAGCAACAAAUUGGAAGUUUUGGAAUGACCUAGUCAAAGUCCAGACCUAAUCCCAAUUGAGAUGUUGUGGCAGGACUUGAAACGAGCAGUUAAUGCUUGAAAACCCACACGUCACUGAGUUAAAGCAGUUCUGCAUGGAAGAGUGGGCCAAAAUUCCCCCACAGCGACGUGAGAGACUGAUCAACAACUACAGGAAGCAUUUGGUUGGAGUCAUUGCAGCUAAAGUUAGAAAGGGGGCAAAUACUUUUUCAUAGCACUGUAUAUGCCCAUUCCACGGCACAGUACUGUCUCACUGUCAACACGGGUUACAAUUAAUCAACAGUUGUUUCCUUAUGGUUGGCUGACUGACUGUGGAAGCAGAAUGUGUUUAUUGCUGAUGCUGUUUGUUUGCCUAUUUUGUCUGUAGGACUUAGUUAUGUGGGUCAUCAUGUGCUGUGCGCAUUCCACAGGUUGUAGCAGGUUCAGCCUAUUUUAGGAGGGCACAGAUGGAGAGGGAAUGGGCUGUCGUGUGUGUGUACUACAGAUGUUCUGUGAUAAGUGCAGUUCUGUUCAUAUGAUUUUGUCUGGAAGGUUAUCUGAGCAUUAAUAGUCAGGCUUACAAAGUUGUGAGGGAAAAUACCAGAUACACCUUUUUCUUGAAUAUUAUUUGUUAUAUGUUCUACGACUCUGUUGUGAUUUUGAAGAACUGAACCUUUCUAUAGUAUGCCAGAGAAAUAGUGUAGGAUGCUAAAAUGUUUUAAGAAUGAGGAAAACAGAAAUUGUCCACAAAAUGAAAAUUUGUAUUUUUAUCCAUUACGGUUUUGGGACGGUUUUGGGUCUUUCUUUGGGACAACUUGCGAAAUAUCCAGAACGGUCAGCCUGUUCUUGGAUAUCAAGGGAUUAUCUGUUUAUUUCAACAUUAUUCUAAGAAGCUUUUUAAACAGGGUCACAGAAACUGGCAACACCAGUCAAUCCUCCCCUGUACCAUCCCUUGUAUAAAGGGCUGGAUAAAUGCAGGGGCUUACCGCCCAGGCCCCGUGGGGGGGGCCCAAGAGGCAGCAUGAAAAUAAUAAAAUUAUAAUUAUAAUUGUUAAAUAAGGAAUUAAUUAUGUCAACCAUGCUUAGAACAUUAUGCAACAGUUGACUAGAUAUCUGGAAUUCAUGUCGAUACACAUUAUGCCAUCACAAUCAGUGGAUGAUUCCAUCUCAUUUUGACUACAUAAAUCAAAAUGAGAGAAAAGCUUGGUGGAAAGAGCGCCACAGUGACAUCUAGGGGUCAGACAGAGUAGCACGCCUGCGGGACUAUUAUUGAGAACAAUGGAAACCUGAGUCUUUGUGUCCAGUCCACGCUCUCUCUAUCUCCUCCUUCCUCCCCUCCCUCCAUGCAUCCCUCCUCCAGCUUUUAUCUCUCUAUCUCUCUGGAAUCUGGAUCCUCCCCGUCUCUCUCUCACUUUUAUUAUCCUCUCUGUUCAUCUCUGAUAUUUUAUGAUUGUUUCUUCCUGUCUAUCUGGUUGUCAGGAGCCCUAGUCCCUCCGAGAUGAACGGUAAGCCUUGGGCCAGGCCAAGCUACCAGGACCAAGCUGCAGCUGAACACACACAGGACAAAUGUACAGCGUCCCACCAGGAACCACAACAACAGCACCCUGACAAACUGUGCCUGGACUCCUUCUGGAGUGAGGUGGAGACCAUACGCAGCCAGGAUAGCGGUUACAUUGACCUUGACACUGACAGUGCCAGACGAGACUCCAGACACUCUGAAGGUAAACAGAGAGACAGAGGAAUAGUGUCAGUCAGUCAAUUACCUGCAUAGGCCUAUUGUUAUAAUGUAAACAAUGAGAAUUGGUUGUUAUUUGGUUGCCUGUUGUUUUUUAGCGAGUUGUGUUGUGUUGAACCAUGUGUCUGCCAUGUGUCUGCAAAACAUGGAACGACAAUAUUAUGUGCAAUAUUGCAAUGUGCUCUCCCUAUAAAAAAUACAGUUUUAGUCAUUACUCAGACGGUACAUAUGUUAUGCAUGGAACUGCAAGUAAUAGUAUAAUAUGCACACUCACAAAAGCAUGCAUGCAUCAUGCAAGCACGCAUGCAGGCAAGCACACACAUACACACACACACACACACACACACACACACACACACACACACACACGUACACAAGCAUGCAGUAUGUAUAGUCUCUGUAAUGAAGCUGUUACAGUAUGUGUUUCAGAGGGAGAGCAAUAACUAAUAGGUUGAUUUAAUAAAGUCCUAUUGUAUUAUGUGUUUCAGAAGGGGAGCAGGAGGAGCAGUGGCUCCAGGAUGCAGGUCUGUCCACUCUGAUAAGACAGCAACAGCAGAGACCAGACAGAGACCGGGAACAGGACAGGAAGGACCAGGAUGUUGACCAGGCCAUCCUACUGUCCACUCUGACCCGUACGCAGGCCGCAGCCGUCCAGAGGAGGCUCGAUUCCUACACCCUGUCCCUGAGGAAGAGGAACAAACCCCCGCCGCGCGACGUCAGGGAUGUCUUUAGCGUCUCACCCUCCUCUAUCGCUCAGGUCAGACUGACCACUUACUUUCAUACUGAUACGGAACAGCCAGGAGGUUGUCCUCACUGUGUGACAUGUUGUUUGGUACUGGCUCUGUUCAAUCAAGGUGCAAUCAAUCCAUAGCUUUUCUGUUUCCUGUGAUAACAAAAUGGAUUUCCUGUACAAGCAGCUGAAACAAAACAAAUACACACAUAUACAAUUCUAUGAAUGCUUUCAGCCUUUUAUUCUUUGAUUUUGCACCAGCAGCCACUGCUGAGUCAAGUAGACAUCAACAAACAUGAAAAAAUGCUAAACACCUUAGAGAAUCUCUUUUGUUAAACAGUCUAAUUCAUUCAUUCCUCUGGUGUCCAUUCUCAAAGCAGCAGAACAGUUCUAACUGACUCUAUUAAGAAAGACAGUUGACCUAUCAGAAUAAAGGGAAAUCACGUCUCUGAGCAGCCCCGAGAUGGGAAUAGAACUGCUGUUCCUCUGAUCAUAUCAGUUAUUUAACACUAGAAAACACCUCUUCUCUCUCCCUGCUCCCAUUCAUCUGACAGUGAAAUGAUGCAAAAGGACAGCUAGGACCACAAUGGAAAUAAGUGUUGUAUAAUGCUCUCAUGUGUUAUUCUCUCUGGGAUUUGUAUUUUCUUAACUGUAGGCCACAAUCAUAUAUAUAAAAAACAACAACAUCAAAUCAACUGGUACAGUAGCUUGUCAACCCCAUUGGUAGACUUGUUUCUGAUUGAUGCCUUCUAUCCUCCCCAUGCAGACGCCUCUACCAGAGUCUCAAGACCCUGAGCCUAUAGAACCUAGCGCAUCUAUAUCAUCUAUACCAGAGGACAGCAUGGACACUAUCAACAAGACCCUACUACAAGGUAUCAGCUAGCUCCACAUUUCUACUCUGCAUCCUUUGUUCUAAUUGGUUCAGAUUAAUCCUGAACACUCUCUCCCCAGACCAGCUGGCCUUGCUAGUCAUAAUAAACUAAACUUAAUUUAAGAUCACCUUUGGGAUCAGCAUGCAUUGAGCGAACAUUCACUUGUGUUUUAUUACCUCAGAUAUCUCCAUUAUGCUAACCAUUAUGACUACUAUGAGGCACACUAUUAUUUAGGGCGGCAGGUAGCCUAGCGGUUAGAGCGUUGGGUCAGUAGCUGAAAGGUUGAUUGUUCGAAUACCCGAGCUGACAAGGUUAAAAAUCUGUCGAUGUACCUUUGAGCAUGGCACUUAACCCUAAUUUGCUUCAGGGGCGUCAUACUAUUAUGGCUGACCCUGUAAAACAACACAUUUCACUGCACCUAUCCGGUGUAUGUCAUUUCAAAUCCAAUUUUAUUUGUCACAUGCGCCGAAUACAACAGGUGUAAAUGCUUACUUACAAGCCCUUAACCAACAAUGCAGUUUUAAGAAAAAAUAAGACUUAAGAAAAUGUUUACUAAAUAAAUGAAAGUAUAAAAAAUAAAUUAAUAAAUAACACAAUAAAAUAACAAUAACGAGGCUAUAUACAGGGGGUACCGGUACCGAGUCAAUGUGCGGGGGUACAGGUUAGUUAAGGUAAAAUGUACAUGUAGGUAGGGGUAAAGUGACUAUGCGUAGAUAAUAAACAGUGAGUAGCAGCAGCAUAAAAAAAAAAGGGGGGGGGGGGGGUUUCAAAUCAAAUCAAAUCAAAUGUUAUUUGCCACAUGCGCCGAAUACAACAGGUGUAGACAUUACCAUGAAAUGCUUAUUUACAGCCCUUAACCAACAAUGCAUUUAUUUUUUAAUAAAUAAGUAAAAUAAAACAACAACAACAAAAAAGUGUUGAGAAAAAAAGAGCAGAAGUAAAAUAAAAUAACAGUAGGGAGGCUAUAUACAGGGAGGUACCGGUGCAGAGUCAAUGUGCAGGGGCACCGGCUAGUUGAGGUAGUUGAGGUAAUAUGUACAUGUGGGUAGAGUUUAAGUGACUAUGCAUAAAUAAUUAACAGAGUAGCAGCAGCGUAAAAAGAUGGGGUGGGGGUGGGGGGGCAGUGCAAAUAGUCCGGGUAGCCAUGAUUAGCUGUUCAGGAGUCUUAUGGCUUGGGGAUAGAAGCUUUUGAGAAGCCUUUUGGACCUAGACUUGGCACUCUGGUACCGCUUGCCAUGCGGUAGCAGAGAGAACAGUCUAUGACUAGGGUGGCUGGAGUCUUUGACAAUUUUGAGGGCCUUCCUCUGACACCGCCUGGUAUAGAGGUCCUGGAUGGCAGGAAGCUUGGCCCCAGUGAUGUACUGGGCCAUAUGCACUACCCUCUGUAGUGUCUUGCGGUCGGAGGCCGAGCAGUUGCCAUACCAGGCGGUGAUGCAACCAGUCAGGAUGCUCUCGAUGGUGCAGCUGUAGAACGGCCAGGUCUCUGACCUCCUCCCUAUAGGCUGUCUCAUCGUUGUCGCUGAUCAGGCCUACCACUGUCGUGUCGUCGGCAAACUUAAUGAUGGUGUUUGAGUCGUGCCUGGCCAUGCAGUCAUGGGUGAACAGGGAGUAUUGGAGGGGACUGAGCACGCACCCCUGAGGGGCCCCCGUGUUGAGGAUCAGUGUGGCAGAUGUGUUGUUACCUACCCUUACCACCUGGGGGCGGCCAGUCAGGAAGUCCAGGAUCCAGUUGCAGAGGGAGGUGUUUAGUCCCAGGAUCCUAAGCUUAGUGAUGAGCUUUGAGGGCACUAUGGUGUUGAACGCUGAGCAGUAGUCAAUGAAUAGCAUUCUCACGUAGGUGUUCCUCUUGUCCAGGUGGGAAAGGGCAGUGUGGAGUGCAAUAGAGAUUGCAUCAUCUGUGGAACUUUGUAUGCGUCUCUGUGUGUGGAGUAAAGGUGGUCUAGAGUUUUUUUUCCUCUGGUUGCACAUUUAACAUGAUGGUAGAACGGAUUUAAGUUUCCCUGCAUUAAAGUCCCCAGCCACUAGGAGCGCUGCCUCUGGAUGAACGUUUUCCUGUUUACUUAUGGCCUUAUACAGCUCAUUCAGUGCAAUCUUAAUGCCAGUAUUGGUUUGUGGUGGUAAAUAGACAGCUAUGAAAAAUAUAGAUGAAAACUCUCUUGGUAAAUAGUGUGGUCUACAGCUUAUCAUAAGAUACUCUACCUCAGGCGAGCAAAACCUAGAGACUUCCUUAAUAUUUGAUUUUGUGCACUAGCUGUUGUUUACAAAUAUACACAGACCGCCACCCCUUGUCUUACCGGAGUCAGCCGUUCUAUCCUGCCGAUGUAGUGUAUAGCCCGUCAGCUGUAUCUUGUCCAUGUCGUCGUUCAGCCACGACUUGGUGAAACAUAAGAUAUUACAGUUUUUAAUGUCCUGUUGGUAGAAUAACCGUAAUCGUAGGUCAUCUAAUUUAUUUUCAAAUUAUUGAACAUUGGCUAAUAGGAUUGAUGGAAGAGGCAGUUUACUCGCUCGCCGUCGGAUCCUUACAAGGCACCCCGACCUACGUCCACGAUAUCUCUGUCUCUUUCUCCUGCGAAUGACAGGGAUUUGGGCCUUGUCGGGUGUCUGUAGGAUAUCCUUUGCGUCCGACUCAUUUAAGAAAAAAUCUUCGUCCAAUACGAGGUGAGUAAUCGCUGUCCUGAUAUCCAGAAGUUAUUUUUGGUUAUAAGAGACGAUGGCAGAAACAUUAUGUACAGAAUAAAUGACAAAUAACGCGAAAAAACACACAUAAUAGUACAAUUGGUUAGAGGGCUGUAAACAUGCAAAUAGUCCGGGUAGUCAUUUGGUAUUUUAUUAGGAUCCUCAUUAGCUGUUGCAAAAGCAGCAGAUUCUCUUCCUGGGGUCCACACAAAACAUGAAACAUGACUUAAUACAGAACAUUAAUAGACAAGAACAGCUCAAGGACAGAACUACAUAAAUUUUUUGUUAAAGGCACACGUAGCCUACAUAUCAAUACAUACACACAAACUAUCUAGGUCAAAUAGGGGAGAGGCGUUGUGCUGUGAGGUGUUGCUUUAUCUGUUUUUUGAAACCAGGUUUGCUGUUUAUUUGUGCAAUAUGAGAUGGAACGGAGUUCCAUGCAAUAAUGGCUCUAUAUAAUGCAUGUCUGGUGGGGGUAAGUGUGUGUGUCAGAGCUGUGUGUAAGUUGACUAUGCAAACUAUUUGCGAUUUUCAACACAUUAAUGUUUCUUAUAAAAAGAAGUGAUGCAGUCAGUCUCUCCUCAACUCUUAGCCAAGAGAGACUGGCAUGCAUAGUAUUUAUAUAAGCCCUCUGAUUACAAUGAAGAGCAAGACGUGCCGCUCUGUUUUGGGCCAGCUGCAGCUUAACUAGGUCUUUCCUUGCUGCACUGGACCACACGACUGGACAAUAAUCAAGAUUAGACAAAACUAGAGCCUGCAGAACUUGCUUUUUGGAGUGUGGUGUCAAAAAAGCAGAGCAUCUCUUUAUUAUGGACAGACCUCUCCCCAUCUUUACAACCAUUGAAUCUAUAUGUUUUGACCAUGAUAGUUUACAAUCUAAGGUAAUGCCAAGUAAUUUAGUCUCCUCAAUUUGUUCAACAGCCACACAAUUCAUUACCAUAUUCAGUUGAGGUCUAGAACUUAGGGAAUGAUUUGUACCAAAUACAAUGCUCUUAGUUUUAGAGAUGUUCUGGACCAGUUUAUUAGUGGCCACCCAUUACAAAACAGACUGCAACUCUUUAAGGGUUUCAAUGACUUCAUUAGCUGUGGUUGCUGAUGCGUAUAUGGUUGAAUCAUCAGCAUACAUGGACACACAUGCUGUGUUUAAUGCCAGUGGCAGGUCAUUGGUAAAAAUAGAAAAGAGUAGAGGGCCUAGAGAGCUGCCCUGUGGUACACCACACUUUACAUGUUUGACAUUAGAGAAGCUUCCAUUAAAGAAAAUCCUUUGAGUUCUAUUCGAUAGAUAGCUCUGAAUCCACGAUAUGGCAGAGGUUGAAAAGCCAUAACACAUAAGUUAUGGUCAAUAAUAUCAAAGGCUGCACUGAAAUCUAACAGUACAGCUCCCACAAUCUUCUUAUUAUCAAUUUCUUCAGUCAUUUGAUUAACUGUUCAGCAGUCUUAUGGCUAUGUGACAUUAAAACAUAUUUAUAUAUUUUUUUACACUAUCAUUAACACAUCAACGUGUGUGUUUGCCAGAGCUCAGCUUGGAGCAACAGCAACAGCAUGGAGGAGCUCCUAAAGAGGAUAUCUUCAUCACAGAUGUCGCAUACUGUGAACAGGCGGCCAUCUUGUUGAAACAGGCCAUGCUGCCACAGAUACAGAACAACGACCGGAAGAGGAAGGAGGACGGCACACUGCCUGUAAGACUCUCUCUCUCUCUCUCUCUCUCUCGCUCUCUCGCUCUCUCUCUUUCUAUCUCUCGGUGCAACUUCCUCGCACUUUCUCUAUCUUCACACACUGGUGUCGCCUUACAUCAUUGAAAGCACUGAAACUCACACCGAAAAAAAAUUCUCGGGUUAAUCCCCCUGUACAGUAUGUUAGAUAAGUGUUAUGACCUGUAUUAGAAUGAAGGAUUUAGUAUAGGACAAAGAAAGGAUGGUUUUAUGUACAUCUUCACUUCUAAGUACAUGUUUGUCUUCCUCACGCAGAGCUUGAAGGGAAACGAGGUGAGACAACUCACUCCUAAUAUCAUAGAACCGGGGUUACAUUAAGUAACCUUAAAUUCUAUUUAAAAUACUUGUUCGUUGUCUCACGAUGGGGAGACGUGGUGAGACACCUCACUCCUAAUAUCAUAGAACCGGGGUUACAUUAAGUAACCUUAAAUUCUGUUUAAAAUACUUGUUUGUUGUCUCACUAUGGGGAUAUAGCCAACUCCUGUAGUGCUCAUAUACUCUCCGAAGCCAAGUCUAGACAGGAUCAACCCUUAGAAGUCCUGACACUAAGCACCAUGUGCAUUAACAAGGGCACAGUGACGUUGUCCCAGCUGGUACUCGAUGUCGGACCCUCCAGGCCCUCUAGGUUUGGACGCCAUCGCUCACGAUUGGCCGGCAACGACACUUUAUGUGUUCCCACCAUUUCCCCUGAUCACAGCUACACUAGACAGGGUCAUUUUGAAAGGCCACUGGCUGCUCCUGAUAGCCCCAUACUGGCCAAGACUUGGUCCAGCCUCCUGUUGAUUAAAUUACAUUUUUACCCUCAUCAAUCAACACACUACCCCAUAAUGACAAAGCAAAUUGUAUCAAAUUUAUUACAAAUAAAAAACAGAGACCUUAUUUACAUAAGUAUUCAGACCCUUUGCUAUGAGACUCGAAAUUGAGCUUAGGUGCAUCCUGUUUCCAUUGAUCAUCCUUGAGAUGUUUCUACAACUUGAAACGGAGUCCACCUGAGGUAAAUUCAAAUGAUUGGACAUGAUUUGGAAAGGCACACACCUGUCUAUGUAAAGUCCCACAGUUGACAGUGCAUGUCAGAGUAAAAAUCAAGCCAUGAGGUCGAAGGAAUUGUCCGUAGAGCUCCGAGACAGGAUUGUGUCGAGGCACAGAUCUGGGGAAGGGUACCAAAAAAAUUCUGCAGCAUUGAAGGUCCCCAAGAACACGGUGUCCUCCAUCAUUCUUAAAUGGAAGAAGUUUGGAACCUCCAAGACUCUUCCUAGAGCUGGACGCCCGGCCAAACUGAGCAAUCGGGGGAGAAGGGCCUUGGUCAGGGAGGUGACCAAGAUCCCGAUGGCCAAUCUGACAGAGCUCCAGAGUUCCUCUGUGGAGAUGGGAGAAACUUCCAGAAGGUCAACCAUCUCUGCAACACUCCACCAAUCAGGCCUUUAUGGUAGAGUGGCUAGAUGGAAGUCACUCCUCAGGAAAAAGCACAUGACAGCCCGCUUGGAGUUUGCCAAAAGGCACCUAAAGACUCUCAGACCAUGAGAAACAAGAUUCUCUGGUCUGAUUAAACCAAGAUUGAACUCUUUAGCCUGAAUGCCAAGUGUCACGUCUGGAGGAAACCUGGCACCAUCCCUACGGUGAAGCGUGGUGGCGGCAUCAUGCUGUGGGGAUGUUUUUCAGUGGCAGGGACAGGGAGACUAGUCAGGAUCGAGGGAAAGAGAGAUCCUUGAUGAAAACCUACUCCGGAGUGCUCAGGACCACAGACUUGGGUGAAGGUUCACCUUCCAACAGGACAACGACCCUAAGCACACAGCCAAGACAACGCAGGAGUAGGCCCAGCCAGAGCCUGGACUUGAACCCAAUCUAACAUCUCUAGAGAGACCUGAAAAUAGCUGUGCAGCAACGCUCCCCAUCUAACCUGACAGAGCUUGAGAGGAUCUGCAGAGAAGAAUGGGAGAAACUCCCCAAAUACAGGUGUGCCAAGCUUGUAGUGUCAUACCCAAGAAGACUCGAGGCUGUAAUCGCUGCCAAAGGUGCUUCAAAAAAGUACUGUGUAAAGGGUCUGAAUACUUAUGUAAAUGUGUUAUUUAAGUUCUAGUUUUUUAUACAUCUGCAAAAAUUUAUAAAAACCUGUUUUUGCUUUGUCAUUAUGGGGUAUUGUUUGUAGAGUGAUGAGGGAAAACAACUAUUUUAUCGAUUUUAGAAUUAAGGCUGUAACGUAACAAAAUGUGGAAAAAGUGAAGGGGUCUGAAUACUUUCCGAAUGCACUGUAUUUGGCCGCAAUUUCGGCGUGCCAUGACGAUGGCCCGGAGGGACCCAUGGGUGGCCACCCAUUGCUCUCCAAGUUUAUGAAGUGAGUUAGACGUCUGCAUCCAGCGAAGGACCGUUCGGUGCCAAACUGGAACCUUGACGUGGUGCUGGCAGCACUUGUUAGGCCACCCUUCAAGCCCCUGGCGUUAGCGUCUUUGAAGCACCUAUCCAUGAAGGUGGCAUUCCUGUUGGCUAUUACCUCCACUAAGAUGGUUAGUGAACUUUAUGCUCUUUCAGUGAGCGCUGAAUGUUUCUGAAUGGGUGCAGGCAGGGGGAGUGUUAUCCUCCGGCCUAACCCCUCUUUCUUGCCAAAGGUCCUGUCUGACAGACAUGUGAAUUGGCUCUCACAUUUGUCCGCAUAUGCACCUCCCAUGGCUGCGAGUGGGCUGGGUUUUUCCCCAAGUGUGCUGUGCCCGUUGAGGGCACUAGACACUUAUGUUACACGGACUAAGACAAUAUGACAGUCGGAUCAGCUGUUCGUGUGUUAUGGUCAGAGUUCUGGGGAAGAGCCUAUCGAAACAGAGACUCUCACAUUGGAUUGUGGACAUUAUUACUACAGCAUAUCAGCUGGCCGGCCGGCCUUUGCCGUCUGCUGUGGUGGCAUAUUCUACUAGAGGAGUAGCUACAUCAUGGGCCCUGCUCCAAGGAGUUCCCCUUGAUGAAAUCUGCACCUCGGCUAGUUGGGCGUCGGCUAUCACUUUUGCUAGGUACUAUUGAGUCAAUGUUGCUGCCGCCAACCAGGUCGGGACGGCCAUGUUGGGUGUUGCCUCCACUUCCCUGGAGGGGGAUGGAGGGACACAGCAACCAAGACUGCCCUGAGCUCAGUCCUACGGGAUUUUACUCUUGUCUGGCCAUGCCUAGUUCACCAAUUUAAUCUGGUAUUGUGAUACGAUAUUGCAGUGAUCAAAUAUAGUGCUACAUAACAAAGGUUACGUAUGUAACCACGGUUAUGUGAGCUAUUGGAUCACUCCAAUCGUCUUGUCAGUGAUCUACGGCGCCUCGAAAAAAAACAUGAGGUGGGAGUAAUACGGCAGCAGCUAUUUAACGGGGUCAGUCGCAGCACUACCUGGUACACGGGACUAAUAUGAAAUUCUUACUCGGAAUGUAUCCUGCCGAGCGGAAGGAUACCAUUUUGGAUUGAUCCAAUAGCUCACAUUACCGUGGUUACAUACGUAACCUUUGUUACCUGGGUUAAGCGUGUGCUAGAUGACGCUAAGCCAUGAGAUUCUCGUAAUUGGUUUUAGCUAGCGAGUAGUCCCCCAGUGGGUUACUAUUCUAGCUAUAGCUAGCACCGUGUUAGCCGAGGAGAACCGUGUUGCUCUUCGGUCUGGAGAGCCUCUUUUGACCAUUGUAUUGUGCGGUGUAACUGGUCAGUUUAGCCGUCGGUAGCUAGAAAAUCCAGGAAUUCUAGUGCUUGGCUUAGUUCGCCGAGUACGGGGAAAGAAGUAGCCAUAACUCUGGGAGAGAUGGUUCUGUUAGCCGGGUUAUACUGUACAUGUGCUACUCAAAGCCUGACCGUGGGGUCCGUACAGCUCAACAAACUAGUAGGAGCCUAGUAGCUAAACACCUCACUGUAGUUAGCUCUUUGUUAGCCGUAGAGCACCGUGUUGCUCUACAGGCUGAAAAUCUCCCAUGACUGCAGUACUGAGAGGCAAAACAGGUCAGCAUAGCCAGCGAAGUUGCUGGUAAGCUAAACGAGCGGAAGUAAUGCUACCCAGUUUAGCUAGGAAGAGCUAGCUCUGAGCGUGUACUGGCCAACAUUCUGUGGAGCUAGUCCUGGCGUUAGCUAACUAGUGUUCACCCUGUAGGUUAGUAGUCUAGCCAUUGCUAGUACACUGCUAGCUGAAGACAAAGUGUGUGGCGUAAGUUUUUGGUGAGCUAGCUGGUUAGCUUCGCGUUGUAGCGUGGGCUAACUGAGCUCCAGAAGUCGACACAGAUGGAAUGUGUGUCCCUCCCUGACAUGAAAGACCCACACUGGCAAGACGCUGGUCUUGUCCUGUGCAGGGGUAGAGGUAGCCAUAGCGCCGGUAUGGAAACCCGGGCUAUGCGUGUGCUGUUCGAUGUUAAACUGUGCAGCUAACUAGUCCUGUUGUAAGGUAGCUAGUGUUCACCCAGUGGGUUAGCAGCCUAGCUAUAACAAACACACUGCUAGCUGAAGAGAAUAUGCAUUAUUCUUUAGCUAGCUAGGUUAGCUUAGAGUGUGGCUAACCAAAUCUCAAAAGUAUCUUUCCUUUCUUCCAUCUCAGUGGGAAUAAGCAGCACAAAGCAGGUAGCUUAGUGGGCUGGUAGGGCAAGAGUUAGCCGUGUGGCACUAGCUGAGCCAGAUACUGAGAAGUAGCUUUCGACGAGAAGCUGCUGUCCUAAGCUCAGUGGAGUCCUUGACGGCCCACCUGUGAACAGGUUAGCAGGAAAGCAGUGGUCCAUGUCGAUGUUGAGGAGAGUUUUAGAGGAUCUAAUCGAGUCCGUGAGGAAGGUGAAAGAAGUGAAGAUGGGAGCGGACUACGGCCCAGUAUAUGGGAAGUGGAGUGGUCCACUAUUGGCCGUCUACGACAGACGACUUGUGAUGGGAUCAAUUCAAAUAGAACACGUUAAGUAAACACACAAGGCCAACAAUAUCUUUGUUUUCAUUUUUUGAGUUAUAGGCAUUCCAUACAGAGAGAGAAAGGGAAAUAUGAAGAGAUGUUUAACAAAAACAAACUGUUGUUUCUGAUCCCUUGCUUAUAUUCCCCCCCCCACCACACACAUACAGAGGAUGAUCUGCCCUCAGUGUCGUCUGGGUGUGACUCGUAUCCAGGACCUGUCCAAUCAGGACAUGAAGAAGGUUCGUCAGCUGGCCCUCAUCGACAUGACAGCGCUCUGCGACCUGCUGGAGCUCGACGUGAAGAGACACAAAACUUGCAAGAGGAAGAUACUAGGUAUGUGAACUCCCUGUAACAUGACAUGCACACCACAUGCCUCUCCUGUCUCUGCUGCUAAAUGCAUGUCAAGCCCUGGGAGAAUGCCAAGUUGUAUAGGGUUGCUAUGCUAACCUCUCUCUCGCGCUCUCUCGUUCAAAGAGAGCACCCUGUUUGGGGUUCCCCUGGCCACGCUGUUGGAGAAUGAUCAGAAAGUCAAGCCCACUGCCACCACUCCUCUUAUCCUGCAGGCGGUAAGCUAAACAGCUUUAGUUAACAUCAUCCCAUUUCUAGUAUCUACUGUAUAUUGAAAACCUAUGCAAGAGCAUGAUGACCUGCAUGACUGCUGUUGCUCUUAGGUUUAUUUAUAUUUCUCUCUCUCCUCUAUAGCUGCUCUCUUUCCUGGAGAAGAGAGGAGUAGACUCAGAAGGCAUUCUGCGGGUUCCAGGUUCUCAGUCCAGAAUCAAGGUGAGAUCAUUUCAGGAUGAACAGACACUUUUUUCACACUCAUUCAUAUCCUCCCUGUCCCUUUCUUGGCCAUGGCAUAUUUUGAGUGUUCAUAUGGAAGGAAGGAAUAUGACUGAGAAAAUAGCACACAGAACUAUACCUAUUGUUUACUGAAUGUUAUCUGUUUUGUCCCAUGUUUUUAUUAGAAGCUGCAGCAGGAUCUGGAGCAGAACUUCUACAGUGGAGGAUUCAGUUGGGAAGAGGUCAGCCCUAACGAUGCUGCAGCGUUAGUGAAGAAGUUUAUCAGAGAACUGCCUUCUCCACUGCUCACCACAGAGCACCUCAACACAUUCAGCGCUGUCAGGGGUGAGCCAGAGCAACAACAAACCAUACACCAUAUUAUUCCUCUCAUGCAAGGAAUUUCAUACACAAGACAUCAACUACAUGUGCACCAACACGUGCUGAUUCAUCGGUCAUGAGUUGGUCGGAGUAACACGCUCAUUAUUAUGUGGCCUGUGAUUACUCAGGCAGUCACAGACCUGCAUGCUGUGCAUAUAGCAUAGCUAAGUGUCUGAGUGUCAUUACUGUAUCGACAGCAGAAUAUAACCCUGCAUGCUCAGUCACGCAACCCAUAGUGUGCAUAGUCAUAACUAUCUAAGCAUUUAGCAUAAUUACCUAAGUCGUUAUUACUGUAUCGAUAGCGGAAUAUAAAAACUCUUAUCUCUUAUUAAAGGUCUAAGAGAAGAUAAACAACUCGAUAGCCGUUAAGCUGUUCUAAUGUAAUGUGCUAAUAAUGCAAUCGCUCCCUGUACCAUUUAAUGUCAUUAAAGAAAUAAUGAAAUGAUAGACGACAAUAAUAAAUAACGAUCUGAUUGAUGAUGACUAGCUAGGCCUAUAGCUUGUGAGGUGAAUCUUUAUCAUUUUUAGACACCUCUUCUUCUGCAGAUCAGGUCGUUGUUGAGCUAAAGGAGAGAAAAUUAGUGUUCAGUUCAGAUCUAUUUCUUUAAAAAAUAUAUAUUUUAAGGUCUACUCUGAGUUUAUUGAACAGAUAGAGAGAGAGGAUAACUGUGGGGAUGGAUAGAGAUUGUGCUAAAUGGCAGUAGGCCAGAUUCAAACCUAUGCUGACACUGCAUGUGUGCUGGAAGCUGCGUCAUUACCCAGAGACCAGCCAGGCCACAGUUCAGAUCUACAUUAUUUCUAUGGUUAAUUCACACUCAGCCUUUCUGUUGAUUAUUUUCUGUAUUGUUUUAUACAUACAUUCCUGUGUGUUCAGUUCAUUCACACCUUGUCCGCUGUUUGCUCUACAGCAGGGUUCUUCAAUUCCGGGCCUGGAGGGCCGAAACACUUCUGUUUUUUUAUUUCUACCUGGUAGUUAAUUGCACUCACCUGGUGUCCCAGGUCGGAAUUAGCCCCUGAUUAGAAGGAGAGGAUGAAAAACAGAGGUGUUUCGGCCAUCCAGGACCGGAAUUGAAGAACCCUGCUCUACAGAAAUAGCAUACUGAUAGUAAUUCUCUGUCCUCUCCUAUCCAGACAUCCCUGAGCUGAAACAGAAGCUACAUGUUCUGAACCUUCUCAUCCUUCUUCUGCCUGAACCCAACAGAAACACACUAAAGGUAUGUUGAUGGAUUUCAAACUGAGGAAGCGCUAUAGAGAUUUGUUCAUACAGUCAACUCCUAAUACAGUGAGUGAAAAAAGUAUUUGAUCACCUGCUGAUUUUGUACGUUUGCCCACUGACAAAGAAAUGAUCAGUCUAUAAUUUUAAUGGUAGGUUUAUUUGAACAGUGAGAGACAGAAUAACAACAAAAAAAUCCAUAAAAACGCAUGUCAAAAAUGUUAUAAAUUGAUUUGCAUUUUAAUGAGGGAAAUAAGUAUUUGACCCCCUCUCAAUCAGAAAGAUUUCUGGCUCCCAGGUGUCUUUUAUACAGGUAACGAGCUGAGAUUAGGAGCACACUCUUAAAGGGAGUGCUCCUAAUCUCAGUGUGUUACCUGUAUAAAAGACACCUGUCCACAGAAGCAAUCAAUCAAUCAGAUUCCAAACUCUCCACCAUGGCCAAGACCAAAGAGCUCUCCAAGGAUGUCAGGGACAAGAUUGUAGACCUACACAAGGCUGGAAUGGGCUACAAGACCAUCGCCAAGCAGCUUGGUGAGAAGGUGACAACAGUUGGUGCGAUUAUUCGCAAAUGGAAGAAACACAAAAUAACUGUCAAUCUCGCACGGCCUGGGGCUCCAUGCAAGAUCUCACCUCGUGGAAUUGCAAUGAUCAUGAGAACGGUGAGGAAUCAGCCCAGAACUACACGGGAGGAUCUUGUCAAUGAUCUCAAGGCAGCUGGGACCAUAGUCACCAAGAAAACAAUUGGUAACACACUACGCCGUGAAGGACUGAAAUCCUGCAGCGCCCGCAAGGUCCCCCUGCUCAAGAAAGCACAUAUACAUGCCCGUCUGAAGUUUGCCAAUGAAUAUCUGAAUGAUUCAGAGGAGAACUGGGUGAAAGUGUUGUGGUCAGAUGAGACCAAAAUGGAGCUCUUUGGCAUCAACUCAACUCGCCGUGUUUGGAGGAGGAGGAAUGCUGCCUAUGACCCCAAGAACACCAUCCCCACCGUCAAACAUGGAGGUGGAAACAUUAUGCUUUGGGGGUGUUUUUCUGCUAAGAGGACAGGGCCACUUCACUGCAUCAAAGGGACGAUGGACGGGGCCAUGUACCGUCAAAUCUUGGGUGAGAACCUCCUUCCCUCAGCCAGGCAUUGAAAACGUCUGACCUCUGUGAUUGCCAACAAUGGUUUUGCCACCAAGUACUAAGUCAUGUUUUGCAGAGGGGUCAAAUACUUAUUUCCCUCAUUAAAAUGCAAAUCAAUUUAUAACAUUUUUUACAUGCGUUUUUCUGGAUUGUUUUGUUGUUAUUCUGUCUCUCACUGUUCAAAUAAGCCUACCAUUAAAAUUAUAGACUGAUUGUCAUUGGGCAAACGUACAAAAUCAGCAGGGGAUCAAAUACUUUUUUCCCUCACUGUAAAUACAAUGGCUCGGGACUGGGAUUACAUGCACUGAACCAGAUAAUUUAUUUGAAUUUGAGGUGGCUACUAAAGGGUUUAGUAGAUAGUAGGCUUACGUUGUUCCGUGAGGUACCCAGAUGUCUAUAGUGAUGCAAUUUAAAUGGCAUGCACAUCUUAAACCUUCACACUUACAGUGUCUUCAGAAAGUAUUCACACUUGUUGACUUUAUCCCAUAGAAAUUGUGUUAUAGCCUGAAUUUAAAAUUGAUUAAAUUGAGAUUUGUUUUGUCACUGGCCUACACACAAUACCCCAUAAUGUCAAAGUGGAAUUAUGUUUUUAGAAAUGUUUACACAAAGAAAAAAAAUGAAAAGCUGAAAUGUCUUGAGUCAAUAACUAUUCAAUCGUUUUGUUAUGGCAAGCCUAAAUAAAUUCAGGAGUAACAAGUCACAUUUGCUUAACAAGUUGCACCAACAUGGAUUAACUGUUAAACUGGGUUAAAUCAAGGUUUAACUAUUAAUCUUGUUGCACCAAAUUUUAAACCUAGGUUUUAAAUUAAUCCUAGUUAAAUUAAAUCCUUCCUCUAAUCUAAAUGUCGUUUUCACUUUAAACCUAGAUUAAUUUUAAUUCUGUUGCUCAAAAAAAAAAAUAUAUACAGUGGGGGAAAAAAGUAUUUAGUCAGCCACCAAUUGUGCAAGUUCUCCCACUUAAAAAGAUGAGAGAGGCCUGUAAUUUUCAUCAUAGGUACACGUCAACUAUGACAGACAAAUUGAGAAAAAAAAAAUCCAGAAAAUCACAUUGUAGGAUUUUUUAUGAAUUUAUUUGCAAAUUAUGGUGGAAAAUAAGUAUUUGGUCAAUAACAAAAGUUUCUCAAUACUUUAUUAUAUACCCUUUGUUGGCAAUGACACAGGUCAAACGUUUUCUGUAAGUCUUCACAAACUGUUGCUGGUAUUUUGGCCCAUUCCUCCAUGCAGAUCUCCAUUAGAGCAGUGAUGUUUUGGGGCUGUCGAUGGGCAACACAGACUUUCAACUCCCUCCAAAGAUGUUUAUCCAAAGCGACUUACAGUCAUGCGUGCAUACAUUUUUUGUGUAUGGGUGGUCCCAGGGAUCGAACCCACUACCUUGGCAUUACAAGCGCCGUGCUCUACCAGCUGAGCUACAGAGGACCACAACAACAUUGUAGUUACUCCACAAUACUAACCUAAUUGACAGAGUGAAAAGCAGGAAGCCUGUACAGAAUAAAAAAUAUUCCAAAACAUGCAUCCUGUUUGCAACAAGGUACUAAGGUAAUAUUGCAGAAAAGGUGGCAAAGCAAUUAACUUUUUGUCCUGAAUAUAAAGUGUUAUGUUUGGGGCAAAUCCAAUACAACACUUUACUGAGUACCACUCUCCAUAUUUUCAAGCAUAGUGGUGUCUGCAUCAUGUUAUGGGUAUGCUUGUAAUCGUUAAGGACUGGGGAGUUUUUUAGGAUGAAAAAUAAAUGGAAUGGAGCUAAGCACAGGCAAAAUCCUAGAGGAAAAUCUGGUUCAGUCUGCUUUCAACCAUGCACUGGGAGUUGAAUUCACCUUUCAGCAGGACAAUAACCUAAAACACAAGGCCAAAUCUACACUGAACUUGCUUACCAAGAAGACAGUGAAUGUUCCUGAGUGGCCGUGUUAGUUUUGACUCAAAUCUACUUGAAAGUCUAUGGCAAUCUAGGAAUGAUCAAUAACCAAUUUGACAGCGCUUGAAGAAUUUUGAAAAGAAUAAUGGGCAAAUGUUUCACAAUCCAGGUGUGGAAAGCUCUUAGAGACUUACCCAGAAAGACUCACAGCUGUAAUCGCUGCCAAAGGUGCUUCUACAAAGUAUUGACUCAUGGGGUGUGAAUACUUAUGUAAAUGAGAUAUUUAUGUAUUUCAUUUUCAAUAAAUUUGCAUAAAUUACUAAAAACAUGUUUUCACUUUGUCAUUAUGGGGUAUUGUGUGUAGAUGGGGGCUAAUAAAAUAAAAUAAAAAAAGUUUCUCCAUUUGGAAUUCAGGCUGUAACACAACAAAAUGUGGAAUAAGUCAAGGUUUAUGAAUACUUUCUGAUGCCACUGUACAUAACAUAAUGUAGGAGGGGCAUUAAUGAUGUGUCAUGUCUUGCUGACAUAAUAUAAUCUGUAACUGUGUGUUAACUCCUCCGCGUAUGGCAUGAGAGGGCACUCUGUUUCUAGCUUAUAUUUAAUACAUUCACAUAACUAGUCACCUUUUAGCUGACACAUUUAAUGGAUGACUCAAAAUAUCUGAUCUAAUUUAAAGUAUAAAAGUAUGUUAGGCUCCUGCCUUGAUGGUUUAAAAAAUGUGUGAACAUUGUUUUCUUUGUUAGAAUUAUAAGAAGGGGGAGAAGUGUAUAUCAGACUAAAAAACAUCUCCCUAUGUCUCUAUCACCAUUCAAGUCAACCAUAUCAAUCGCAACAACAACAAAAUAUCAACGUUGACAGGCUCUGUUGGAGUUUCUGAGUAAGGUGGUGUCCAGAGAGAGGAGGAACCGUAUGAACCUGUGGGCCGUGUCCACCAUCAUGGCCCCUAACCUGUUCCUCCACAAAGCCAUGCCCUCCCGCCUCACUGACGGGGGGCCAGGGGUCGAGAAGGGACAGGCCGAGAAGGCUGCUGACAUCAUGAGGCUCCUCAUACGCUACCAGGACCUGCUCUGGACCGUAAGUUAAAGACCUCCAGGCUCUACCACCAACAUCUACCAAAACACAACAUUCAAGUAUCUUUUUAAUCUUCUUCCUCCUUAGCAUCUAGGGUGAGUGGUAGAUUCACGUUACACAACUCACACUUACUGUAAACAAAAUGCCGUCAAACAGCUGAACCGGGUGAAUUAAAGAAAUUGCUUCUUCCUUUUAGAUCCCUAACUUCGUGAUGAGCCAGGUGCGUAAACUGAAUGAGAACCGUAACCGGAGGUACCAGUUCUACGACCGACGCAUCAAGAACCUGCUGAGGAAAAUACACCAGGACAGCAAGGACAAACCUGACAAGAACUCAGAGGUAGGCUCUUAACUGGCCAGGAUGUUUGUUGUGGAUUUGGUUGGGAGAAGAAGACCCUAGGUCACUUGUAAAUUAGAUCUUUAAUCUCAACGAAGGUCACUCAUAUAAAGGAUGUGAAUAAAAUAAGCAGAAGAUUGUAUGUGGCUCUGGAUUUCUCUGCUAAAUGAUGCAAAUAUUAUUAUCCCCUCCCUCAUCUCCCCCACCAGCCGUGUCGUACAGUGAAGAUCCAGGUGGGAGAUCUGAUGAGCAGCACCAUGGAGGUGCAGGUGAACAUCAACUCCAGGGCUUCAGACCUGCUGGCUCAGUUCCACAGGCACCUCUGCAGCUCAGACAACACCAAGAGGUACAUUACACUACAAUCAAUCAAUCAAAUGUAUUUAGUACAAAGCCCUAUAGACCAACACACAGUUUUUCCCGACUACGUCAGCUGACCAGGGAAAACUCUGCCCUAGUGAUGACCUCUAAGCAGAGGACUAUAGAAAACUAAUGCUUCAGAAAUACUGCAUUGACUAUUUACCGGGUAGAAAUGGAAGUUGUGAAAGUGUUUAACAGAAUAACAGAAUAAAUUGCAUGUCUGUCUGUUCUUUAUCACAGGAACGGUUCAGUAAAUGGUUCGGGAUCCUACCCGGACUGUGCCAUCUAUGAAGUGGGUGGAAAUAUCGGUAGGUACCACAGCACAAACCUUCGCUCCGUAGUGAGACUAUUUACCAGACCUGGCUUGAGUGUUUGCUUUCUUUCUAUUGGUUCAAUUGCAACAGGCAAGCUCAAUCAAGCACAGCUAAAUACAUUAUUUAAAAUAGCAUUUGAAUCCAGGUUUGCUAUCUUCUCAGGCUGUAACUUGUGUUGUUGUUUUUAUCGCACUGCUUUGCUUUAUCUUGGCCAGGUAGCAGUUGUAAAUGAGAACUUGUUCUCAACUGGCUUACCUGGUUAAAUAAAGGUUAAAUAAAAUCAAUAAAGGCUGAGAGCCACAUUAAAAGGUUACAUAAGUGACUCUGACAUUUGCACGUCUUUCUGCUCUUUGAACUGAUUAAGCUGGCCAGGUCUUAUGCAAUGAACUGGAGAGAGAGAGGGGAAAGACAGAGAGGGUGGGGGGAGAGCGAGCCAUCUGUGUGCAUCUGCAGUUAUCGGAGCAGACAAAUGCUUACACAUGUAGCUACUGUACGAUACUGUGCUCUCACAGACCCAACCACUCAUACACACUGUUUCCUUAAUCAUUCCCAUUCACAUUCACACACUUGCACCAGGUGCAAUGUUGGCACCUGGUUUGUCAGUAAAGCCGAAAACACUGUUUCAAACUGUUUUCAACAUCUCUCUUGCAGAAGAGAUUUUAUCUCAAUGAGAGGAACCUGUAUAAAUAAGGGUUAAAUUACAAAAUCUGUCCAUCAGUAUGGAUUCAGCCUUGUGUUGAUCUGUUCUGUCCCGUAGGUGAACACUGCCUAGACCCAGAGACCCAUCUCCUGGACCUGUGCAACACCAACCCCAGUGGGGAGUGGGUCAUCAAACUGAAACCCCUGGUCACCACCAGGGGGCUGCACCAAUAAGAGACAGCCGCAGGCAAAGGGAGAGACCAGUAGGGGGCUUCAAGAGCCAGCCAGAGGAGGAGGGAGACCAGGAGGAGGAGAGGAGGAAGAAGCUGCUGCUGUUAAAAAACAAACCACCUCAAGACUGAGCCCUCUCUCCCCCUUUCCUUUUCCCAAUGCAGGGGAGACCAGACUAGGUGGAGCAAAGCAGAGAUAGACAGAGAGGGAGAGCUACUGCUCAAAAACACUCCACCUUCAGAUGGAGGAGAGGCUUUGGCUGCUUCUUGACUUGUCAGCUCUCAGCCAAUCACCUCCCAGUGUCCGCAGGAGCCCAGAUGGGGAUCUGAUGCACCGCUGGCUACGACAGCAGCCGCCGAGUCUCUCUCACUCUCUCUUUCUUUUUUUUGUAUCUCUCCAUUCUUUCUGCUCAGACAUUUGAUCACAAAAGGAAUGGGAGAGUGAGGGGGACAGUCAAAGACUCUAAUGAGCUGAUAGCCCCAUGCCCUGUCCCCUGUGUAUGACUUUGGCUCUGUUCUUUCUGGGGCCUUUGGGCCCUGUCCCUGCAGACUCUAUAAGAGCCCUAAUCAGAGUAGAGGACAGAGAUCCUUCUUCUCUUUAAGGGAUCAAAGGUCAGCCUUUAAUACAUUACUACUGGACCUCUAAAGGGAACGGUUGUUUAAUAACAGAGAGUGAAGCUGGUCUUCGUUUCUGUUUUCUCAUUUUUGUUUUUGAUGAACGAAGGAUUUUAAGUAUUGAAUCUGGCGAUGGAUUGAUUGACUAUUUAUAAUUGAUUGGAUGUGUCUAUCUGUAUGUACGUGUAUGUAGUCAUGAAUGUUGUCCUUUGAAAUGAAUAGGUAUGUUUGUUGCUGAAAUAGUAACAUAACAGUCAUGUAAGCUCAUCCAGUCUUUUUGGGGACUUUUACAGUGGUCUUGCUCUUGUACAGUACCUUUGUUGAUGAGCUGUAUUUUGAUGCACCUCCGCAUCCCUCUUUUUCUAUUUCUAUUACCCAUUUGUCCUCAGUUCCUCUUGAAAAUACAUUUCGUAUAUGAAAUCUAUUAAUAGUGUUUACAUGUUUUGAUGAUGCUCAGAUGUUACAAACAGUAUGCACCACCAUCAGUGGAGGCUGCUGAGGGAAGGUUGACUCAUAAUAAUGGCUGGAAAGGAACGAAUGGAAUGGCAUCAAACACA